AAGCAAUCAUUCUUUUUCCUACUUCCGUUUAAAGCAUGCAAAUCUUUGUGAAAACCCUUACCGGUAAGACGAUCACUCUGGAGGUGGAGAGUUCCGACACGAUCGACAACGUGAAGGCGAAGAUUCAGGAUAAGGAAGGAAUUCCGCCGGAUCAGCAGCGAUUGAUUUUCGCGGGUAAACAGCUCGAGGAUGGCCGAACCCUAGCCGAUUACAAUAUCCAGAAAGAAUCAACACUGCAUCUGGUUCUGAGGUUGCGCGGAGGCAUGCAAAUCUUUGUGAAUAGAUUUGGUAAGAUGACCACUCUCGAGGUCGAGAGUUCCGACACGAUCGCCAACGUGAAGGCGAAGAUUCAGGAUAAGCAAUUCAUUCCGCAUAAAUAUCAGCGUCUCAUCUUCGACAACAAGCUGCUCAGGGACGGCAGAACCCUAGCGUAUUAUAACAUUCAGAAGGACUCUACUCUCCAUCUCGAGUUCAAUGUGCUCGGAUGUAUGCAUAUCUUCGUCAAAACCUUUACCGCUAAGACAAUUUCUCUCGAGGUCGUGAGAUCCGAUACGAUCGGCAAUGUCAAGGCUAAAAUUCAAGACAAGGAGGGUAUUCCGCCGGAUCAUCAGCGAUUGAUUUUCGCCGGGAAGAUGCUCGAGGACGGACGAACCCUAGCUGAUUACAAUAUAAAGACGGAAUCAAGACUUCACCUCGUUGGAGGUAUGCAAAUCUUUGUGAAUGAUUUUGGUAAGACGAUCGCUCUCGAGGUCGAGAGUUCUGACACGAUCGACAACGUGAAGGCGAAGAUUCAGGUUAAGGAAGGAAUUCCGCGCGUACAACAGCUUCUCGUCUUCGCCGGGAAGCUGCUCGAGGACGGCAGAACCCUAGCGGAUUGCAACAUUCAGAAGGAGUCUACUCUCCACCUCGCGCUCAGAAUGGGCGAAAGUAUGCAGAUUUUUGUCAAAACCUUGACUGGUAAGACGAUUACUCUCGAGGUCGAGAGCUUCGAUACGGUCGACAAUGUCAAGGCUAAGAUUCAAGACAAGGAGGGUAUUCCGCCUGUUCGGCAGGGAUUGAUUUUCGCCGAGAAAGUACUCGAGGACGGACGAACCCUAGCUGAUUACAAUAUACAGAAGGAAUCAAUACUCUACCUCGUGCUCUAUCUUCGCGGAGGUAUGCAAAUCUUUGUGAAAACUCUGACUGGGAAAACGAUCACCCUAGAAGUUGAAAGCUCAGAUACAAUUGAGAACGUGAAGGCGAAGAUUCAGGAUAAAGAAGGAAUUCCUCCAGAUCAACAGCGCUUGAUAUUUGCAGGGAAACAGCUUGAGGAUGGGCGCACUCUUGCCGAUUACAAUAUCCAGAAGGAAUCCACUCUCCAUCUUGUUCUACGUCUUCGCGGCGGUUGUGAUAUCUGA